CCUGCUCAAUGAAGCUUUCUUUUCCCGCGGGUUGGAGGCCGGGCAGCUGCGGUCAGUGAGCUAGACACGCAAAAGGCCAUGGGGCCGCUGACCGGCCCGAACGGCGGCCCCCGGGGCGGCGGGAGUCCGCGGCUCAGCUCCGGGCUCCGGGAAGCCUUCCAGUCCCCAGCCCCCAUCCUUCCCCCAAGUCCCGGGCUCCGCGGAGUGUAAACAGCCCGACUCCAGCCGGGCUGGGGGCGGGUCCGGUCAGGGGAACCGAGGCUAUGAAAGCCCACAUAGUCCCUCCGGUGCCCCAGAAUGCCCACUGGCGUUUUCGGAGUGACGUCACGGCCUUCACUCUGACGUCACGUUGAGCAUACGACGUCGUACACAACCCCUAAGCCCAGGCGCGCCAGAGCCCUCUGGUCGAAACCGCGAGCUUUCUUUUGGUGAAGUCACUUGUGCGCGUCCCAGGACUGUGGGCAGGGGCCUAAGGGUGGUGCACCGCCAACUUAUCUGGGGACCCCCUCCCCUUUCUUCCUGCUCCUCUCCUGGCUCCCCCUGAGCGGUCCGCGAAGGCCGGGGGAGGGGCGGGAACGCCUCCGGAGGCCCGGCCCCGCCCCCGCCCCGCCUCUAGCCCGCAGGGCCAGGAAGCGCGGAAGGAACCGCCCGGGGCCAUGGACGGGGCUGUGAUGGAAGGGCCGCUCUUUUUGCAAAGUCAGCGUUUCGGUACCAAGAGAUGGAGGAAGACCUGGGCCGUGCUCUAUCCUGCCAGUCCCCACGGCGUAGCGCGGCUCGAGUUCUUUGACCACAAGGGGUCGGGCGCUGGAGGGGGCCGAGGGGGCUCGCGCCGCCUGGACUGCAAGGUGAUCCGUCUGGCAGAGUGUGUGAGCGUGGCCCCCGUGGCUGUGGAGAGCCCCCCUGAGCCCGGCGCUUCAGCUUUCCGCCUGGACACUGCGCAGCGCUCCCACCUGCUGGCGGCAGACGCGCCGUCCAGCGCCGCCUGGGUGCAAACGCUGUGCCGAAACGCCUUUCCGAAAGGCAGUUGGGCUCUGGCGCCUGCUGAGAACCCACCCAAGCUUUCUGCCUUGGAGAUGCUGGAAAACUCGCUGUAUAGCCCCACCUGGGAAGGAUCCCAGUUCUGGGUAACUGUACAGAGGACUGAAGCCGCUGAGCGCUGUGGCCUGCAUGGCUCCUAUGUGCUGAGGGUGGAGGCUGAGAAGCUGACUCUCCUGACCAUAGGGGCCCAGGGUCAGAUACUGGAGCCACUCCUUUCCUGGCCUUAUACUCUGUUGCGCCGCUAUGGCCGGGACAAGGUCAUGUUCUCUUUUGAGGCUGGCCGCCGCUGCCCUUCAGGCCCUGGAACCUUCACCUUCCAGACAGCACAGGGGAAUGAUAUCUUUCAGGCGGUUGAAACUGCUAUUCACCGGCAGAAGGUCCAGGGAAAGGAUGGUCAAGGGCAGGACAGUCUCAGAGCCGAUUCCCAUGAAGGAGAAGCGGCAGAAGGGAAGUUGGUGUCCCUCCCUGGCGCUCAGGAACUCCCGGGCACUCCUCCGGCCCUGUAUGCUGAACCCUUAGACUCACUGCGCAUUCCUUCAGGCCCUUCCCAGGAUUCCCUAUACUCAGACCCCCUGGACAGCACCCCUGCUCGGGCAGGGGAGGCAGCACAGUUAAAGAAACCUCUUUACUGGGACUUGUACCAGCAUGUGCAGCAGCAGUUGCUGAAGGCCAAGCUGACGGACCCCAAAGAGGACCCCAUCUAUGAUGAACCUGAGGGCCUGGCCCCAGCUGCUCUCCGGGGCCUUUAUGAUUUGCCUCAGGAGCCCAAGGAUGCAUGGUGGUGCCAGGCUCGAGUGAAGGAGGAGGGCUACGAGCUCCCCUAUAACCCUGCCACUGAUGACUAUGAAGUGCCACCGCCUCCUCGGAGCACAAAGCCCCUCCUGGCUCCCAAGCCCCGGGGCCGGCCCUUCCCUGAGCCUGGAGUUGCAGCUGGUGGCGGUGGCAGUGGCGGUGGCGGUGGCAGAGGCCACAGUUCAGACACUGUCCUGUACAGCCAGGUCCAAAAGAGCGGUGGUGCCCCGGGGAGCUGGGACUGUGGGCUGUCCAGGGCAGGGGCUGAAGGGACCAAGGCCAAGGCAGAGAGCUCCACAUGAGAGGGCGAAACUGGGGACACUGUGGGAGGACCACGGGAAGGUGGCACUGGGGAUCAAAGAUACUUGUUAGGACCUGCAGGAACCAGAGGGCCGGAAGGUCCUGUGUGAGCCAGCCCAGGGCACCAGGGGGACCAGGGGAGUCAAGGGGAGGAUGAUCAAUCUCAAGAAGUCCUGAAAGUGGGACAGGUGGCAGGGGUGAGGGACAGGACUUGGGAGAGACCGGCACCCCUAAGUCAUCCUCCCGAAAGGAAUGGACAGCGCUGGACCAGGUCUAUGAAGAGGGGUGCUUGCUCUGAGUUGGUGCAGUCAAAGGGGCCUACAUGGAGGCUACAGGGAGCUGCUGAACUGUGCCUGGAUCCUGACCCCUGCAUUGUUCUUUGCCAGAGACAUAGAUUUUAAAAAGUUUAUUCUCAUUAAAGUCAGUUUGGGUUUAA